CUGAGUCUGCGCGGCGGCAGCAGCAGCGACAUGGACGACGAGGAGGAGACGUACCGUCUGUGGAAGAUCCGCAAGACCAUCAUGCAGCUCUGCCAUGAUCGUGGAUAUUUAGUGACACAAGAUGAAUUGGAUCAAACACUGGAUGAAUUUAGAGGUCAGUUUGGAGAUAAGCCAAGUGAAGGAAGGCCACGGCGAUCAGACCUGACUGUGCUUGUUGCUCAUAACGAUGAUCCCACUGAUCAGAUGUUUGUCUUUUUUCCAGAGGAGCCAAAAGUUGGGAUUAAGACCAUUAAAAUGUACUGUCAGCGCAUGCAGGAAGAAAAUAUUACUAGAGCCAUCAUUGUGGUACAGCAAGGAAUGACGCCAUCAGCAAAACAGUCUCUGGUUGACAUGGCUCCUAAGUAUAUCCUUGAGCAAUUUCUGCAACAGGAACUUCUAAUUAACAUUACUGAACAUGAGCUUGUUCCAGAGCACAUCGUGAUGACCAAGGAGGAAGUUACAGAGCUGCUGGCACGAUAUAAGUUAAAGGAGAGCCAGUUGCCAAGAAUACAAGCAGGUGAUCCAGUGGCACGAUACUUUGGAUUGAAAAGAGGACAGGUGGUGAAAAUUAUACGACCUAGUGAGACUGCAGGAAGGUACAUCACCUACAGACUAGUACAGUGAGGCAUCUCGUAGGUAUUUUUGGCAUGAAAAUGGCAGGCUGAUUAAUGGGAAUCAUUGAAAACUUCAAGUUAAUGCUUUGUGCUAAUUCCUAACGUGCAAAGGAUGGUCUUUCAGUUAGUUCUAUAACUGUGUCCUGUCAUUUGAUUGUUUUUUUUAAAAUAAACUUAAUAAAAUA